CUCUCCCCAUAUAUUCUGCAGGCACUGAGGAAGCCACAGUGCCCCCUUCCCUCAGGUCCCUGGUACAGACGUGGAACUGGUUUCAUACAACUGCUACUUGGAGGGGAAAUAAAGAGAAGCAAAUGAUACCAAGACAACCUCAUAACAGAGAUCUAAUCACCAGAUGUGUAUGGAUGAAAAUACAGUAAGAUGAGUCAGAAAAUGGCCAAGGAGGGUCCCAGACUCUCCAAGAACCAGAAGUUUUCUGAGCACUUCAGCAUACACUGCUGCCCGCCGUUCACGUUCCUCAACUCCAAACGGGAGAUUGUGGAUAGGAAGUACAGCAUCUGUAAGAGCGGCUGCUUCUACCAGAAGAAAGAAGAGGACUGGAUCUGCUGUGCCUGCCAGAAGACCAGACGCCGUGCCACGUCCCCUCAGAGGCCCAAGCUCCAACCAGCUGCACCCCCUGCGGUGGUCAGAGCACCCGCCAAGCCACGGUCCCCUCCGAGGCCACAGCGUCAGCCACGUGCCCGCCCAGAGGUCCGACCACCAGCAGCCAAGCAGCGGCCCCCUCAGAAGCCCAAGCAGCAGCCACGCAGCAGCCCCCAGAGAGGGCCAGGCUCCAGCCGUGGGGGGUCCCCCGCCAAAACUUCUAGGUUCUGGUAACACCAUCUCUUCCCUUUUGCUUCCCCAGCCCUCAGAUUGAAAAGGAGAAUCAAGUCCACACCAAGGAAGAAGUGAGCACAGAGUUUCAAGUGAAUUGAUGGCUCUAGCUCCUGCAUUCUCUGCUUGUUGACCCAUGUGCUCCUGGCCAAGUCACCUGGCUUCAGAUAUGAUGCAGGGACAGACACCUGCUGAUGUGGCGACUGUUGAUGCCCGUGGUACUCACAGCACUGGGACUGCUGGGUGGCCUGACUGGAGCAUUCUGAAGAAACCACCUUACUGUGUUCUGACCUCUAUAAUUGCCAGUGAGAACUCUGCGAUCCGUCUACGUCUCCUUUCAUUGUAAAAUUCAAGUUUCUUCAACCUGAAGACCUAUCUUUCUUCCGUGGUGUUCAAAAAAGAUGCUGUAUAAACCAGGAAAACCAAGAAUUAUCAGCUGAUGGCGAGAACAUGACCAAGGAAAAUUCCCACAAACCACUGAUGUGAGCUUGUGGACUGUUAUAUUUCUGGGGGUGCCAUCUGAGAAUACUAGUCAAACAAGAUAUUAUAUAACUAGUGAUUAGACAAUUAUAACUGGAGGCACCCAUCCUAGAAAAAAAAUGCAUUCUUAGUAGAAAGGAGACUACCAUAAAUUUUUUCAGUGAAGUAUUGUUUGCCACCCAAAAAGAGAGAGAGAAAUAAAUUAAUCAAAAAUGUUUGUCAAUAAAAGAAUGAGUGAAUCAAUAAUGAUAUAUUCAUUAAUACUUUACUAACCAGUACUUAAAUGAAUCAAGUCUAUCCAAUGUCAGGUAGUUGAAUUAAAAAGAUAAAAUGAUGAAUAUAAAAUGUAAAUAGCAGUUAAUAAAUAAAUCAGGCUACUCUGCAGAAAUUUUAAAAACUGAAAAUACUAUAGUUGCUCAAUAAGCAAGAACCACAAGAUCCAUCUCUGUAAUGUAACAGACUUUUAAAAUGUCAACAAAA